UCUACUUUUCUGUCAUAUUCCAAUCCCAGGCCCAGUCUCUACGCUGAAAUCGAGUAAGACAUUCCCAUUAUUUUUUUCUUUUGAAGAUCACGAUGCAGGCAGUCGGAGCAGACCCCGUGUCGGGUCCCAACUGCAUCCCCUUGAGACAGUACCCACCCUAUGGCUCCAGCAUCGAGUCCGCUGAUGGCGAGGGACAAGGACCAAAGGGCCUGGACUUCAACAACGACAGCAUUCGCAGGGGAUUCGUGCGGAAGGUGUACCUGAUCCUGCUGGGCCAGUUGAUGUGCACCCUAGGCCUAUUGGCUUUGCUAACCUGCGACAGUGAUGUCAAAUUGUAUGUAGCGGAAAGUAGAGUGAUGUUCUUGUUAGCCUGGGUGGGAAUGCUCGUCAUCCUGGGCGUCCUCACCUGCAACGAGGGCGCACGUCGCAAGGCGCCCACGAAUUUCAUCUUUCUGGGAGCGUUCACCCUGGGCCAGUCCUUCCUGGUCAGCGUGAUGGCCUGUCGGUAUGCCCCGAAGGAAAUCUUCAUGGCCGUGGUGAUCACAGCAGUGAUCUGCCUGGGACUCACCGUCUUUGCCAUGCAGACGACCUUUGAUUUCACCAUGAUGGGCGGCAUGCUGGUAUCCUUCCUGUUGGUCCUGGUGCUCUUUGGGUUCGUGUCAGUGUUCACGAAUAGUUCCAUGAUCAGCAAGUUGUUCGUCUGCCUGGGCGCCCUGGUCUUUUCCUUUUAUUUGGUCUUCGACACUCAAAUGAUGGUGGGCGGCAAGCAUCGCUAUUCUAUCAGUCCCGAGGAGUACAUCUUCGCCGCCCUCAAUCUGUACAUGGAUGUGGUCAACAUAUUCCUCAACUUUGUGCAGAUGAUCGGGGGAUCUGACGGUUAAGACGGAGGCCUUGUUUCCAUUAUUCAUUCGUUAUUCGAUUAUUUAACCCACCGACUUAAGGUCGAAAAUUAAUAAAUCAAAUUGUGCAGCAUCAA